AUGAGUUAUGUACCGCCAGAAGAACGAGAAACCAAAAUAACUAUUACGGGUAUGUACUCCCAAUUGGCUGUUAAUACGGCCAUUGGUGUUGGUACUCUCAUAGUUUUUGGUUUUUUGAGACCUAGGAACGGAAUUGUUUAUGCACCCAAACAAAAAUAUUCAUCAGAAAAAAAACAACCUCCAAAGAUUGAAAAUCAAGGAAUAUUUUCAUGGAUUAAACCGGUAAUAUCAGCACCAGAAGAAUUAUUAAUAGAAAAAAUAGGAUUAGAUGCGGUGAUGUUUUUGAGAUUUAUUAGAAUGUGCAGAAAUAUGUUUUUAUGGUUAUUUUUACUUGGAUUAGCAAUUGCUGGUGCAAAUUUAUACGGUACUAGGCAAGAUCGUAAACAGUUUCCUAAAACUGAUAAUCCAUUGCAAUACUUGAGCAUAUCAUUUUUAAGAAAUUCGCGUUGGUUUUGGAUUCAUGUAGCGUUUACAUGGAUAUUUUCAUUGAUCAUAUUUCGAUUUUUAUACAAACAAUAUAAAGAAUAUUCAGCAUUGAAAAAACAAUAUUUUCGAUCAGAAGAAUAUCAAAGUUCAUUACAUUCAAGAACAAUAUUGAUCACUGGAGUACCAUCAAAUAUGCAAUCAGAUGAAGGAUUACAAAAAUAUGUUAUAGGAAAUUUAAAAGUUAACCAACAACAAGUAUCACAAGUGCAUAUAUCAAGAAAAGUUGGUAGAUUACCGGAAUUGAUUGAAGAACAUGAAAAGGCUGUUAGAGAGCUUGAAUCAGUAUUAGUAAAAUAUUUAAAAGAUCCUAAUCAUAUUUCGAGUAAAAGACCAAAACAUAGUUUAGGCGGAAGAUGUGGAGGAGAAAAAGUUGAUAGUAUUGAUUAUUAUACAUCACGAAUACAAUCUUUAGAAGAAGAAAUUUAUAGUGAAAGGGAAAGAAUAAAGGAAAGGAAAGCCAUUAAUUACGGAUUUGUUUCAUUCACAAAUAUCGCUGAUGCGCAUUCAGUAGCGAAAAAAUUUGAAGGCAAAGUUACCUUGAAUGAACCUCAAAUAUUGUUAGCGCCAUGGCCAAAAGAUAUUAUUUGGAAUAAUUUAACGGUGACAAAUGCUGUCAAGGGAACAAAAAGAUUGAUCGGAUAUGCAUUCUUUCUUUUAUUAUGCUUUUUUUGGUUAUUUCCUAUUGGUUUUUUAACAACGGCAGCUCAAAUUCAAAAUAUAGUUAAGAUAGCGCCAUUUACAGGAGAUAUUUUUUACGCGAAUGACUUUUUAGCGGGUUUUAUAGAAUCUUGGAUGGGUCCAAUGAUAAUGGGUGCAUUUUUUAUCGUACUUCCUCAAAUAUUAAGAAUAAUAUCAAGAUAUCAAGGAAAAGCAACAAAAUCAUCAUUGGAUAGAGCAGUUUUAGGAAAAUUAUAUCUGUUCUUUUUAAUUAAUAAUAUUGUAAUGUAUACAUUAUCUUCCACUUUGGUUGAUUUAUACGGUAAAAUUAGGGCCACAAUAAAUGCUGGUAAUACAGACUUUAAAGAUCUUUAUAAAGUUGUUAAGGAAGCGGAUUUCUUGGACGAAUUAGCGGAUUCUUUAAUUAAAGUCUCAUCAUUUUGGAUUAAUUAUAUUAGUCUAAGAGGAGUUGGUGCCAUAUUUGAUCUAGCACAAAUAGUUUCAUUAAUUUUAAUCAGCAUAAAAAAAUUUUUCGUUCAACCUACUCCAAGAAACAUUAAAGAAUUUAGUAGACCUCCAGAUUUUGAUUAUCCUGUUUAUUAUAAUAUUCAUUUAUUUUUCUUCACCGUUGGAAUGUUAUAUAGCGUGAUUGCACCUUUGAUUUUAUUCUUUUGUUUCGCUUACUUUAGUUUGGCCCUUGUGGUUUACAGAUAUCAAUUAAUGUACGUGUUUACAACGAAAAUAGAGACGGGAGGAACAUUUUGGAGGGUAGUUUUUAAUAGACUCAUCGCUUCUUUAUUAUUCUGGCAAGUGAUAAUGGUCGCUGUGAUGAACUUGAAAGGAGCUCAUAUCCAAUCGGUAGCAUUACUUCCAUUACCUGCAAUGACAUUAAUAGUUAAAUUUAUUUGUGCAAAAAGAUUUGAUGCACCAAUUCGUUAUUAUAAACGAAAAAAUUCCGAUCCAGAAUAUAAUAAUAAUAUAGUUUCCAAUACUAACGAUAAAGUUAGUAAUAGAUUUGGACACCCUGUAUUAACAGCAGAAUUGAUUACUCCAAUGGUGCAUUCAAAUGUUAAACAUUUAUUGAGUAAAGUUUAUAAUGGUAGAAUUGAUGAAACAAAAGUUAAUAGAAGGGGCACAAUUAGAAGCAUGUCAAUGAUAGUAGGCAAAAAUAAUCAAAGUUUUAAUAUUCAAACGGUUGAUAAUAAAGAAUUGGAAUGGGAUGAGCAAGCUUAUUAUGAAGAACAAAAACCUGGUUAUUACAUAGAUUACAGUGAUACCGCUAGCAAUUAUUCUGGUACUACAUACGCGUCAGCAAAUAAUUUCCCUCAGAAGAAUCAGAAUCAUCAUCAACAAAGAAAUAUGCAUCCAAAUAAUAAUCCAAGAUUACCUCCAAAUUCUCCUAAUAGUCCUAAUAAUCCUAAUUAUCAUAAUCCCAAUAAUCCCAAUAAUCCCAAUAAUCCCAAUAAUCCCAAUAAUCCUAAUACUAAUAAUAACGUUUAUCCUAAUAAUAACGUUUAUCCUAAACAACCAAGACCUAGAUAUCAAUAUGAUAAUAAUAGCUCAUCCUCGUUACAUUUACUUCGACAAGAAAGUCCUGCACCUUCUGUUGAUAAUUAUAGUAAUUAUAGUGAUGAUGCCUCUUCUCUUUAUAGACAACAACCUAGAGAAAUUAAUAAUUACAAUAAUUCCGCACCGAGAGGCGGCUACACGCCUCCACUCCCACCUCCAAUUACUCCACCACAACAAUAUAACCAACGAGGUUAUAACCAAAACAAUUACAAUCAAAAUAAUCAUCAAAAUAAUUAUAAUCAAAAUAAUUAUAAUCAAAAUAAUUAUAAUCAAACCAACUAUAAUCAGAAUAAUUAUAAUCAAAAUAAUUAUAAUUAUAAUCAUCAAAAUUAUAAUAAUCAAAAUGAUCGAGGAUAUAAUAAUCAUCAAGGUUAUUGA